AUGUCUAACCUUGCUGUGAACCUUCCCUUAGAGGUACUAGAAAAGAUUAUUGACUUAGAUAUGGACAGUUGUCAAACUUUUUUGGCCUGGUCUCAAAUUUCAACAUAUUUUAGGGAUAUAAUUAAAACUCGAAUUGGAAUCGUUCUAGUUAAGGAUGGUCUGGUUGAACCAACUGCAGAAACGUUUCCUUUGGAUUUUAAUGUGUUACUUACUAAUUCCAAUCAUUUUUUAAUUGAUAGUGACAUUCCUUUGGAGGAAUCAUCUACCUAUGAUCGCUUCCUUAGUUUUAUGAAUCAAUUCCACAAUAUUCUGGUCAUAAUACAAUCGGAUAGAAGUUUUAGUGACUCACUAGCGUCUAUUCUAGGGGAAAUCGGCCGUAAUAGCUACAUAGGGGCAACUAUAAAUAUCAUUUACAAUAGUUCAGUUGACUUUCUAAGUAAAUUAUAUUUCAGAGAAUUAUCGUUAUAUCAAAGGGCCCUAAAUUUAUGUGAACUUCAUGUUGUAGGGAACAGAGUGCCGAUGCAAUCAGAAACAUGUGACAUUGACACCCUUUUCAAGACUACUUAUAUUUAUAAUUUGAAAUCACUUUAUUCAUUGGAUAUUAAAGAUGAUACACAUAUUUUGAUUGCUCCUCAGUUGAGACACAUUAGGCAAAUUAGUUGUUCUGAUACGUCUACAGAUCUAGUUCAAUUUCUAUCAAAAUGCACCAAGUUAAAAUAUAUCGAAGGAACAAAGUUCCCAUUACCGUUCAAGAACAUUAGGAAAUAUCGCAUGCCGUUUUGUCAAUCAAUGACUUUAACAAACUAUAAUCAUAGUAUAACAUAUCCAAUAAUCGAUGGAUCAAAAGUUUCUACAGAACUUAUUUUAGUUCCAACUCUAAGAGCAGUUGAUCCUGAAUUUUCUCGUCUAAUGUUCCCCAAUAUAUCUAGAAUGGUUUUGAAAGUGACAGGAUUUACUCGUCAUGUAGUAGAUUUUAAAUGUUGUCAUUUCCGUAAUUUGAAACAAUUGAGCAUCAAAGGCGCUACCAUCCCAUGGAUGUCCCUAAUAAAUUCAGAUGUUGAAAGUAUUGACAGUUUGGAAUUGAUUUUAAAUACAGAAGAUGAUUUGAAAUGGUUGCAGGAAUGUCCAUUCAAAUUAGAAACAUUAUACAUUGGAUCAAUUGGAGGGCAACUGAUUAAUGAUUACCAAAUUAAUCCUAUUUUUGAAACUUCAAAAUUGGUAGCGACGAAUUUUGAGUUAGAUCUUCAUAAUUUAUGGCAAUGCUACCUUUUACAAAACCUUAUCUUGCCAAAUUUACAUCAAGAAAAUUCAUUGACAAUUUAUUUCAACGAAACUCAAUUAACCUCGAUAGUUAAUGAAAAUGACAAACCUUUGAAGAAAUUAAAUUUAACACAUGAAGACAAAUGUAUAAUCUACAAAUUGCCAGAGCUUACGCAUUUCACCCUAAUUUGUAUUGAGCCAAGAAUUUCCUCAGGAAAUAGCAAUCCAAAUGUCUCAUCGACAAACAGUAUCCGAACACUUAGCGCUUCUUCUUCGAGCUCGACGAAAUCAUUUGGUUCGCACCAAGAUUAUAAUAAUAAUUCAAAUAUGUAUGCCAUCGAUGCUGCAUUAACAGGUUCAAUGAAUUAUUCUAUUUCCCCCUCUCAAUUUAGGAGGAACAGUUUAGCUGGUUUGGAUGAUAAUACUGCACGGAGACAAAGUAUGAUCACCUUUGAUUAUCCUCAUUCAAUCCUUACUCAUACCUCCCAAAAUAAUGCAAACAAGAGAAGAAAAUCAUCUUUAUCAAGCAUAGGUAUAGCCCCUUCAUUACUAGGUCCAAAUACAGAUAUUGAUGAACCAUUUGUAGAUGAUGUGAUAUUAUUCCAACUGCCUUUACGGGGUUUGAAGAUAUUAUCUUUGAAUUUGAAUGCUUUGGAAUCGUCAUUACUUUCUACAAGACUUAUGGCGGCUAAAAUAAUACCGUUAUUACAAAUUAUCGUUGAUGAUACUACAAAUCUUACAAAUAGUGUGUCAAUUAGAAAAUUACUGGAAGAAAUGGUGAAAGAAAUCACAAAACUCGUUCAAUAUCCAUAUAAAUUGAAACUUCCAGGAAUGGCGAUAGACAAGUUGCAAUUCUUCAUUGAUCUCUCUGGAUCAAUUGAUAUCGAUUUCUUAGAUAUUGAUUAUUUGAUUUUCAAAGCAGAAUUGGAAACAAUGUUGAACCGUAAUGAUCUACAAAUAAUUAUCCAAUUUGAAUCAGCUAUGAACACCAACUUUGAUAUUUCGAAGCUUUCCAAAAAGUCGGUACUAUUAAAGUUUUGA